AUGUCUUCGUUUCCAAGUUCGGAAGAACGAACUGUUGCAUCGUCUCUGCUUCUUCUCAAUACCUCACCUCCCUCUCUCAUGCUUUCUACUCCAAAGUUUCGCUCUGAUUCAAGUGAUGCAGUUCCAGAGAGGAGAAGCAACAGCACCACGCAUUCCGGACAAUUAUCGAUUUCCUACUGUUCUAAUAAAUCCUCAUCUUCUUCUCUCACCAAUGAUAGUGGUGAUUCAUCAGACAAAGAGAUCAAAUCGCACAGUGUAUCGUUCUCUGCUAUCUUGCGUUACAAUCAGAUGAAGCUUAAGCAUGAGAUUAUGAAUCUUGUUGCUGUUGUUUCUGGUGAUUUCCCGUUUUGUUCUAUUGCAAGGAAGAUAAGAUCGAAGGUCACGUGGACCUCAUCGUGCUCCGGCGACCGGAAGCAGAAUGCCGGCGAGGCUGCAAAUAUGCUCUCUCCUGUUUCGGCCUCCGGCGAGGCCUCUUCCUGCUUGUCGAGUAGCUCGAGCGGCAUCUCCAGCGCGCGAAGCUUGCGCUACGCUAAAAGAUGCAGAGGCGCGAUUGUUGAGCGUGUGGCCGGGAUCGGACCUGAGACGGCCGAGCCGUUGAGUCGCCCAUCUGGUUCGCCGCACCUGCGUCGGCGUGGCGAAGCCAUACUCAAGUUGCUCUCUUGCGGUGACUCCUCUGAAGUGAAGAUCCGUCAAAUGCUCGGUGACAGCCCCGACACCAGCAAAGCUCUAAGAAUGUUGCUAAGGGUGGAUGCUGUGAAAAGAUCAGGCUCGGGAGGGCGUUACGAUCCUUAUGUUUACACGGUACACAUCUUUAUAAUUCACUAAUUAAUUGAGUUUAAUUUUUAUCGCAUGAAAUUCGGUGUCAUGUAAUAGUG